AUGACAAUGACUACAAUGCCAGAGAGUCUUAAUAGCCCAGUCUCAGGGAAGAACGUUUUCAUGGAAUUUGGGCCACCAAGUCAACAAAUGUCGCCUUCAUCCAUGUCUCACGGACACUAUUCAAUGCACUGUUUACAUUCUGCUGGUCAACACGACAGCUCCUAUAGCCCAGCGCCGUCCUUUCCUAGGUCGUUGGGUUAUCCAUAUGUCAGCUCGGUCGGCAGCCAUUCCUCAAGCCCAUAUCUGAAUACAGUGCAAUCCUACCCAAACAACUCGGCAUUAACACAGACUCGGUUAGAAGACACAGUACCAGAGUCGGAGAAAAACACUGUUGUGGAAGGAGGAGAAGUCCGGUUCAACGGGAAAGGGAAAAAGAUCCGCAAACCCCGGACUAUUUAUUCCAGUUUACAGCUCCAAGCUCUCAACAGAAGAUUUCAACAAACACAAUAUUUGGCACUACCCGAGAGAGCUGAGCUCGCGGCGUCUCUUGGACUCACUCAGACGCAGGUAAAGAUUUGGUUUCAGAACAAACGGUCCAAAUUUAAGAAACUUAUGAAACAAGGCGGUGGAACAAUAGACACCAACGCGCUGGCCCACGGACGCGGACUCUCUACCGGAUCGCCAACGGUAGCGCCUGUUUGGAACUCCACGGCCACUGUGAAAACGUCCGUGGGCACCCCAAGCACAUACAUUCCCAGUUACACCUCCUGGUAUCCAACCGCACACCAAGACUCAAUGCAGCAGUCCCAGCUCAUGUGA